UUGUUUCUUUUCGUCUCCUCACUCGGAAACGAAAACGGGCGUGGUUGACUUCGGUUUAAGAACAGCUUCGGGGGGGGUUCCGCUAAUCUCAGCUUGCGGUCUAAUUCUUCCUGGUCCAAGCAGAACAGGCCCACCUCCUAUUUCAAUUCUCCCUUUUUAAUUCUCCAGAAAUGAGCCGGAAAACAAUUCUCGGAAGAGCAUCGCUUUCGUUUCUCACGACCGACGGUAUUCUCGACAUGGAUCAAAUACUGCAAACGGAUCCGUGGACCCAGAUCGACGAUUUCGUGCAACACAAUUUCAUGCAGAACGUGCUGAACGAAUUUAAAGAGCGAAUAACACUCGACCCGAAACUCACCCCCGCAGAGAAGAGCCCGGGGAAAAAACGCGCUACGUCAUCCGGGAGAUCGCCUCGUAAAAGUGAAACGAACGGGGAAAAAUCGUCGGAGGGGAAGAAGACCGAUCGGCCGGCAAACGAUGGUCCAGAAGAUGAAAAAAAAAUCGCGAAGAUAGGUAACAAAAGAACAGAGGGCUCGAAGGGCAAAGUAACGAAGAAUGGUGACGUUAACAAGCAGAAGGAAGAGAAGCCAAAAAGAGACAAUUCUCGGAGAAAGAAGACUACGGACGAAACGAACAAAACUGAAGAAUCAACUGACACGCAGCAGUUAGAAGGUACCCAAAAAACAACUGGUAAGAAGACUCCAACGGUGAAAUCCGAGCGGAAGAAGACAGUUAGAAAGCGUAAAGGCGAGGAAAAGGAGGAAACUAGCGAAAUAAAAGUUGUAGAACCGACAAACGAUAAAACGAAUACUACGCCGGAAAAGACGAUAACCGCAAACACGUCGAAAAGCAAAGAUUCAAAGUCGCCGAUUAUAACAAGCACGCCGAAAGGCAAAAGUCCUAGGCUCACUAAUUCGUGGCGCGAUGCUUCGACGUCGAAACAGGACUCUUCCGUAAGUAAUGAUGUUUCUAAGCAUUGCGUGGGAGAUUUAUACGUGGAAUAUAUGCAGUAUAACGAUAUAAACAAUAAUUAUUGCAAACUCGUGACUCAGAGCAACAGCAGUAAAAUAACAGACACAAAAUCCAAGCGUAAAUCGACAGUGAAAACGAAAGAGGAUAAAAAUCCAGGGAACAAGGAAACAUCGGUGAACGAAGAGAAAGACUCGAGUCCAGAAAAUAAAGAAACAACGAUGAACGAGGGGGAAAAAUCGAAAUGCAAGGAACAGAAUAAAAAAACGGCAACGAAAACAGAUUCCCUCGCGAGCAAUAAUAUUUCCUCGCGGAAGAAAGGCGCAAAGGACUCAGAAGAUGAUCACGAUGAGGCCGUGGCUGAGAAAACGAAAGUAAAACGCGAGCAUAAAACGGCAGAGAAAGGGAAGAGAGAGAAGAAAUCUGGAGAUAAGGAAGCAUCGGGAAUAUCGACGAACAAAAAAUCAAGGUCAAAAUGCAAGAAACAGGACGAUAAAAAGAUAGCGGGGAAACAAAUUGGGAAAUUUGAGAAACGUUUAUUGGAACAUCGAGAAAGGCACAUACGACGGCAUGAGAGAAAAGCAGAACAGGCCAUGGAAGAUUUUAGUCAUCAUGUCACCCGUAUCGUCAAAAAGAUGGGUUAUUUGCCAGAACGUUCGUACUCCAGCACCGAAGAUGACGAUAGUGAUACAGAUUACUCUGACGAAUCGUCUUCCUACGAUUCCUGUUGUUCUCACAGUUCGUGUUCCUGCUGUGACACCUACUCAGAGUACACUCUGUGUUCGUCUUCUUCCGAAUGAGAAUCCUUGUACCUUUC